AUGAACCUUACACUCAUCGUGCUUCUUCAACCUGCAGGAAUCAGCUGCUGUGCUCGCGUCACGAGCCUCGUGAUCGGCGCCAACGCUUUCGUCGAGAUCUUGCGAAUCCGCUCCUGCCUCAUUCCGGCCGCCGGGCCUCGCUGCUUCCCUGACAAUUUCCUCUUCGGGUCUGCCACCGCGUCGUACCAGGUCGAGGGCGCGUGGAACGAGGACGGCCGCACGCCGAGCAUCUGGGACGACUUUUGCCGUGAACAGCCUGGCUUCGAGUGCGCCAACGUCGCCGACGACUUCUACCACCGCUAUGCGGACGACAUCAAGCUCAUGGUGGAGACGGGGCUCCAGUCCUUCCGCUUCUCCGUCUCGUGGUCGCGCGUGAUGAACUGGGACCCGGAAACGCGGCGCAUGCGCCCCAACGCCCCGGGUCUGGUCUUCUACCACGCUUUGCUAGACAAGUUGGUCGGGAGCGGCAUCUCUCCGAUUCUUACCAUUUACCACUGGGACCUGCCCACGGAGCUGCACAACGAGCUCACCCCGCAGGGAUGGCUCAACCCGGAGAUCAUCGAUCACUUCGUGGAGUACUCGACGCUGCUGUACAACGAAUUUGGCGACAAGGUCGACUUCUGGACCACCUUCAACGAGCCUCUGUCCUUCGCCGUGUACGGCUACAACACGGGGCUGCACCCGCCGGGAUUCCACGACUCGCCCACGCUGGUCUACGAGGUGGCGCACAAUGUGCUGCUCUCGCACGCGUACUCCGUGCAACGGUUCAAAGAGCUCAAGUCGAGUGGUGUCGUUCAGCCUAAAGCGCGCAUCGGCAUCGUACUCAAUGCCAAUCAGUUCUAUCCUCUUCGGGAGAACAACAUUGAGGAUGCAGAAGCUGCGGAGCGCGCGAUGAACUUCGAGUUCGGCUGGUGGCUUCUGCUCCUCACCUCCGGCGACUACCCGCCCGUCAUGCGCGAGCGAGUCGGUGAGCGCUUGCCUCCCUUCACUGCCGAGCAGACCGCUUUGGUCAAGGGCUCAUAUGGCGCGCUAAUGCUCAAUCAUUACUACGCGCGUUCCGUCACUUCCUGCGACUCGGAGGUGUCCAAUACGCCGUGCUCUUCACUCCACGUCGGCUUCGGGCAGGACAAGGGUAUCUUGCUGACGGAGAACGGCUGGUGCGGCAAUGACGAGGUGGAGAACUUGGACCAGCUGUGGUUCUUCCAGUCGUACAUUGAGCAAGUCGACAAGGCCGUGGUGGAGGAGAAGAUCCCUAUCAUCGGCUACACUGCCUGGAGUUUCUUGGACAACUACGAGUGGGGGUCAUACGGCCCUCGUUUCGGGCUCUACUACGUCAACUUUACCGCGCAAACCGGAUCCGUGGAGGGCUACAAACCCAAGCCGACGGACUUGCAGCGUAUCGCGCGUCCGUCCGCCAAGUGGUUCAGCAAGCUGGCGUCUACGGGCUGUCUGGACGAAUUGACCGAGAUCGAUGCGGUUGCUGCCAUUGUCACGCGAGCUGCGAUGAGACAGGAAUCCUCGGUAAUUGCUGCAACGAGACCCACUUCGAACGCACUGCUGCCGGGCAUGAUGGUCGUGAUCGCGGCAGUCGGCACUGCCAUGCUCGUCGCGACGUGGCGUCGUCGUCAGGGAUACGCGGCCAUCCCGCGCUUCUCCGUCAACUAA